AUGAGUGCUAUCCUGAGCGCCGAUGAUCUGAACGACUUCAUCUCCCCCGGAGUCGCAUGCAUCAAGCCCGUUGAAACACUCCCCGCAGCACCCCCGAAAGAUAACCCCUAUGAAGUCAUUCUGGAAGACAAAGCGCCCCAGACUUUCACCCCCGCACAGAUCUCGCUGACCGACUGCCUCGCCUGCUCUGGAUGCGUCACCUCCGCCGAAGCUGUCCUCGUAUCCCUCCAAUCGCACAACGAAGUGCUUGCGAACCUCGCCGCGCCUGCGUCCAAAGACAAGAAGUUCGUUGCUUUAGUGAGCCCACAGACACGAGCGAGUCUGGCAGUGACCUACGGCGUCACGGAAAAGCAAGCGGGAUGGAUGAUUGAGCAGCUCCUCUGCGGCAGCGAAGGCAUCCGCACGGCCACGCUGGAGGGCGAGGAGAACGGUCAGUCAAAGAUACGGGGCUUCGACCUAGUGCUGGACACCAACAUCGCUGAGGAGAUUGCGCUCCACUACGCCGCCGAGGAGCUCCUGGCAUCAUUAUCGCAGCCCGCCGGUGAAGGGAUCUCAAAGAAGCCGAUACUCACAUCUGCUUGUCCUGGAUUUGUGUGUUAUCUGGAGUCAACGCAGCCAGCACUCAUCCCACACCUCUCAACCCUAAAAUCACCGCAAGCCAUCCUUGGAACCGCCGUAAAAACACUCCUCCAGCCCGACUCCGGCCCCUCGGGCGUCUACGUCGUCGGCAUCAUGCCCUGCUUCGACAAGAAGCUCGAAGGCGCCCGCGGCGAGCUCACCUCCGCCGCCUGGGGCCCCACCACCGACGAAGCCCCAGUCCGCGACGUCGACUGCGUCAUCACAACCCGCGAGCUCAUCUCGCUCGCUCAGUCCCUAAACCUCGACUUCUCGACGCUCCCCCGGAAACCACUGACACAGCCACCCACCGAUGCCGUCCUCAGCCUCCUCUCCCGCCCCGGCCGCAUCCCGCUUACCGACCACACCGCCGGCACCAGCGGCGGCUACCUCACCCACAUCGCCGCCCGCCUCAUCGAGCAGACCCCCGGCGCACAGCUCCGCGUUGAGAAGGGCCGCAACGUCGAUACCGUCGACUAUGUCGUGUUCCGCCCGCCGUCCGCCGAUGGCGGGGAAGAAGAAGUCAUUGCGCGUCUGGCCCGCUGCUACGGAUUCCGGAAUAUCCAAAACCUGGUAAGGCGCCUCAAGCCCGCGAAGACACGGGUACUCCCCCGAUUUGGGAAGGCACAGGCCGCGAUCGCCGCGCGUAAGGCUAAGACUGCCGCUGGUGCCGCUGGCGCUGUGGGGUCGGAGUAUGCAUAUGUGGAAGUCAUGGCGUGUCCUGGCGGGUGCACGAACGGCGGCGGGCAGGUUAAGUUUAACGACGAGAUUGCCUUGCCGUUGUCCUCAGAGUCGAUGCAGAAUCAGAAGGAGUGGGUGGCGAGGGUGGAUGAGGCGUACUACUCUGCUGGCGAGGAGGAGGAGAGGAGAGAUGGGGGGGUGAGGGGUGGCGCGGUGGAGGCGUUUGUGAAGGCGUGGGAGAGCAGGACGGGGAUUGAGAAGGAGAAAUUGAUGUUUACGGGGUAUAGGCAGGUGGAGAAUGAUCUUGGGAAGACGCAGGAGGUGGAUGUGGUGGCGAGGGCGGCGGAGCUGGCGAUGAAGGCGGGCGGGGGUUGGUAG